CUGUCUCUCUGUCAACCGCUGUAUCACUCACACAGAAAUAUUAUAAGAAAGUCUUCUUAUGCAAAUCAAUGCAGAUAAAUAUUUUUGCACCAACUUCACACAAAAGGGCUUAUGUGUGUAUUUCUUUGCAUUAUCUCCCUGUGCCACCACCAGCCUCCAUGUGGCUGGACACACGCUGACUACUCGGUGAGGGUGAUAAAAUGAAUGCCUCAUGCUGUGGUCCUGCAGUCAUCAUGUAUCAGCAGAACUCAGGAUUUGACCUCAAUGCCAGCUGUGACUGGCUGACCCCUCCCUGUAACGGGACGUCGGUGGACGGAGCUCUGCAGCUGCCUACCUUUUCUACAGCGGCCAAAGUCAGAGUGAUCAUUACCUUCAUUCUGUGUGGCAUUGCCACAUUCUGCAAUUUGGCUGUGCUGUGGACCGUCAAUGGCCACAAGCGCAAAUCCCACGUCCGCGUGCUGAUAAUCAACCUGACUGCGGCCGAUCUCUUGGUUACUUUCAUCGUGAUGCCUGUGGACGCAGUGUGGAACAUCACAGUUCAGUGGCUGGCCGGCGACCUGGCCUGCAGAUUCCUCAUGUUCCUCAAGCUGCAGGCCAUGUACUCCUGUGCCUUUGUCACCGUGGUGAUUAGUCUGGACAGGCAGUCGGCCAUCCUCAGCCCUCUGACAAUCAGCACGGCCCGCAAAAGAAACAGAGUCAUGCUGAUGGUGGCGUGGAGUAUGAGCGCCUUGUUCUCAAUCCCUCAGAUGUUCAUUUUUCAUAAUGUGACCAUCACAUAUCCAGCCAACUUUACUCAGUGCACAACCAGGGGGAGCUUUGUCACUCACUGGCAGGAAACAGCCUACAACAUGUUCACCUUCUCCUGCCUCUUCCUGCUGCCGCUGGUCAUAAUGAUUGUCUGCUACACCAGGAUCUUCAUCCAGAUCUCCAAACGGAUGAGGAAAAAUAACUCGUCCUCAAACGAGCCACAUCUCCGUUGCUCAAAGAACAACAUCCCCCAAGCUAGAAUGAGAACUCUGAAAAUGAGCAUCGUCAUAGUGAUCUCCUUCAUCGUCUGCUGGACUCCCUACUACCUGUUGGGUUUGUGGUACUGGUUCUUCCCAGACGACCUGGAGGGGAAAGUCUCCCACUCCCUCACCCACAUCCUCUUCAUCUUUGGGCUUUUUAACGCCUGCCUGGACCCAAUCAUCUACGGCCUGUUUACCAUGCGUUUCCGUAGGGGGCGCAGGAGCUGCCACUGCAAAGCCACAGUGAUGUCAGACCUGGAAACUAAUGCCACCAUACGGAAGUGUACAGCCACUGCUUUGCCCUGUGAAAAGAGGAUGGUCACUGACGAAAACGACAGAAGCUGUCAGGCAAAAUCUCCUCUGAACGGAGAUAUCCUUGUCAUUCCAGCACUGAGAGUACAACUUAAUCCGAAAACAGAGCAGAACCAGGAUCUAUACACUGCUAAUAGCACUGCUUAAACAAUUUUCCCUGUUUCAGGGUCAUCUGGAGCCUUGGAAACAGACACAUUUGUUUCAUCUGCUCUGGCAGAGGAGCUUGGUCCUCCUGUCGGUCAGGCAGAUUUCCAGCCAACCACAUCCAGGUCGGUCCAUUCCAGCCGUUUGUUGCGACUGACAGGUUGCGGAGCCUUCGUGCUGUUUUUGGCUUGUGCGCCCUCGUCCAGGGAAAUCAGUGAGCAUAAACCGAGCU